GCGAAGUCGUCCCCGGUCAGACCGCAUACGAGAGAGUGAAACUGCUUUAUAAGGAGAUGAUUUCCCUAUGUCACUUCUUACCUUGUUCCGCAACCUCCAUCAUCUGCCGCGGCGAGCUCGCUCUCCACCAGGACCUUUAAGCGCCCUCAAGUUCUUUGCCACGAAGAUGUCCGUCCCUGCAACUAAACAGGCCAUCGCUUUCAAUCAGCCUGGCGAUUUCGAUGUACUGGAGAAAUUGACUAUUCCGUUGAAAGUCUCUCCCGGCGAAAUCGUCGUCAAGAACGAGUACCUUGGAAUCAACUUCAUCGAUACUUAUCUGCGAAAAGGACUGUACCCUUCGAAGGAGUUCCCGGCUGUGAUUGGAACGGAGGCAGCCGGCGUUGUCGUCCAGCUUCCAACAGAUCCUGCUGUUCUCGAGGAUCCCGAUUUCAAGAAGCGGGGCUUCACCGUUGGCUCGAAGGUUGCUGUGGGUUGUGGCACCUUUGGCAUGCACGCCGACUAUGUCUCGCUGCCUUGGAAAUAUGCGAGUGUGCUGCCCGAGGGCGUCUCGACGAGCAUGGGAGCAGCGGCCUUACUGCAGGGCCUCACUGCACUCACUUUCGUCACGGAAUCUCACAACGUUCAGAAAGGAGAGACGAUCUUCGUGCAUACGGUUGCUGGGGGGCUCGGCCUGAUCUUUGCCCAGUUGGCCAAGGCCCGCGGUGCCACUGUCAUCGGAACGACCUCGACACCCGAGAAAGCGGCAUUGGCCAAAGCGCAUGGGGCUGACCACGUGAUACUUUACAAGACGGAAGACACCGUUGCACGCGUCAUGGAGCUCACCAAUGGAGUGGGCGUCGACGCCGUCUUCGAUGGCGUGGGGAAAGACACGUUCGACAACAAUUUCAAAUUGUUGAAGCGCAAGGGAACGAUGGUGUGCGUCGGUAAUGCUUCUGGACCCGUUGCUCCUUUUGCUCCUCUUCGAUUGGUGGAGAAGAACCUGAAGAUUCUCCGUCCGACAGUGGCCAACUACUGCUUCACUCCCGAGGAGAUAUACAAAUACAGAACCGAGCUGUUCUCUCUGGUUGCGUCAGGCGCGUUGAAAAUCAAUAUCCACAAAGAAUACGCUUUCACGCGAGACGCUGCGAUCGAGGCACAGCAGGACUUGACUAGCGGCAAGACCACCGGGAAAUUGCUGAUCAAGGUGGAAUGAAAAAAAUAAAAGGGAAACUGUGUAGUUUUGUACUGUACAUUCGAGACAUACGGGUAUAUGAACCCGAGAUGGCGCCGCUGAUUUUGAUACGGCCGCCAAUCACAGCCAC